AUGAAUGUUACAAAUUCUUCAGGAUACAGAGAUUUCAUGUGGGCAAUACAUCUACAACGUUUAGGAUUCGAAAUGGUGGGCUUAUGGCCUAAACCUAGCAAAUGUUUAUGGCCAAAAGUUUGGGUCGGCAUUAUUCUUAUUUUAUUAAUAUUUGUUUCAUAUGUUCCGAUGAUACGUGCAAUUAUACAAGUUUGGGGUAAUAUGGUACUCGUAAUAGACAAUUUACAUACAACAUUACCCCAAGUAAUAGUAUCAGUGAAAUACAUUAUCAUAUUACGGAAACAAACGGUUGUAUUGUCGAUUGUAAACAUGAUGGCAGAAGAUUGGAUGGCAUUUAAGCUGGAUGAAGAACGAGAUGUAAUGAUAAAACGAGCACAAACAGCGCGAUUAAUUAUGAUGAUUGGAUAUAUUAUUGUGAUAAUAGCGUUUUUCACAACAAUUCCUCUUCCUUAUUUUGGCUUUGUCAUAAUGUACGUAACGAAUUCCACAGAUCGGCGCAAAUCGUUACCAUUGGAGACGUAUCACUUCUACGAUACAGAUAAGAGUCCGCAAUUUGAGUUAAUAUUUUUUAUUCAAAUGGUAACGCUGUUGUUGGCAGCUACCAUUUACAUGUCUGUAGAUAUCUUUUUAGUUGUAAUAGUUCUUCACAUUUGUGGCCAAUUAGAAAUCUUUAAAUGCCGUUUAAUUAAUUUGACCUCAUACAAAAAUUUUAAUAAAAUUUUAAACAAUAUCGUUGCGACCCAUUUACGUCUUAUCAGGUAUGAAUUUUUAUUUUGGCAAUAG